AGAUGGCGGGCCGCCUCAGGUCACUACAACAGCUGCGGCCGAGGGCCGGGCCCCUGUCCCCGGGAGCGGGCCCGGAGCUGGGCCGAGGCCGCGGUUACCGCAGGCCCGGGCUGCCGGCCUCCUCUCCGCCGGCCUGGAGCUGGCUGAGGCUGUGGGACUGGCGGCACGGUGUGCAGAGUGUGUGCCGCCACUGGGGCCUGCUGCGGGCCGAGCUGGCGGAGAAGCUGCGGGGCCCCGGCGGCCGCUCCCUCCGCCAGGAGCUGCUGGAGCAGAACCGUGUCCUGUGGCAGGCGCACGGCCCGGGCAGCCUGCACCACUGGCUGCUCUCCAGCGACCAGGAGAUCGGAGGCCGCAGCCGGGCCCGCCUCAGUGUCGGCGCCAACGGGAGGACGGUGCUCCUGAGCGGGGAGCUCCGCACAGAACCGCCCCGGGACGGAGAGACCCGCUACAGCGGAUACUGCAGCAUCAAGAGCCGCCCGCCCAAGGGUGCCUUUGACAUCAAGAAGUACCAUGACCUGACAAACUUCAACACUCUGCACAUUCGGUUGCGAGGGGAUGGCCGUCCCUGGAUGGUGAACAUCAGCAGUGAGAUGUACUUCAGUCAUCAGAAGGACGACCUUUACAGCUAUUUCCUCUUCACCCGGGGAGGCCCCUAUUGGCAGGAUGUGAAGAUUCCAUUCUCCAAGUUUUUCCUGUCCAGUCGGGGUCGAAUUCAGGAUAACCAGCACCCAUUGUGGUUGGACAAGAUCAGCACAAUUGGCUUCACACUGGGUGACAAAGUGGAUGGUCCAUUUCAAUUGGAAAUCGACUUCAUUGCUGUAUACAACGACCGGGCUCACACUGAAGAAUUUGCUUAUGAAAAGUACAAAAGGAAUCCAGAGGUAUAAAUAAAAUCACAGGAAUACGUAACCUCAGCUAGACCCAGGAACUCAGUAACCUCUGUCAGGUGGUCUGACAUUACGCUUCCUGAGCUAUUUUUGAAGGGGGCAGCAGCUGACUCUGCGCACAUCAGCCAAACUACCUGCAUCUAAGAAGAUUGAACGUGUGUAGAGAAACUCAAAUAAAAUUUGUCUUUGUAAUCGUUGAUCUAUACUUUCUUACACAACAACUAGCAUGCUCUGUGGGAGGUAGUUCCUGUUCUUGUACGAGCUGAUGGUGUAGCAUUCAUGGAUACCUUGCUACGGUGCCGAUUCCCCUGGACUGUCAGCUUUAAGGUAGUGAAUUGUUAAACUAUGGACUGAAAACUGCCAGCAAGUAUGUUUGAUACCAGCAAGAAAUGAACAAAAGGCAAGGUGGACUUGAAAAUUUCAAUUGUUGUCUUUCUACGAGCUAGUAUUUAUAUAGCAUCUCUGACAUGGUAAAGUGUCCAGAAUGUUUUACAGGAGCAUUAAUCAGAUAAAACUUGAUACUGGUCCACUUUAGAAAAGUCCUACCAUUCUCUUUCACUAAGUUAAAACCCUCUGCAAUAUCAACAAUUCUAGACUUUUGAGCAACACCAGUUUUAACAGAAUAUUUAAAAGAAGAAAAAUACUGGGCAAAGGGGAGAUGGUGGGAAAGGAAAGUGGAGAUAAUGAAAGGAAUGGAGAGGAGAAACUGGCACAAGCAAAUGUAAGAUGGAUUUGAUAUAUAUCUCUGUAUAUGAAAACAUACAAAUUCAAAGGGGUAGGCCAUUUGGCCCCUCAAGCCUCCUCCAUCUCUUUUGAAAAUGUCAUGGCUGACCUGAAAAUGGCCUUAACUCCACUUUUCUAUCUACCCUCAUAAUCUUUGACCCUCUUGUAAAUCAAACUUAGCCUUUAAUAUAUAAAAUGAUUAAAAUAGUUAUUUUGAUUGUAUUUCCAUACAGAUAACUACAAUGGAAUAUGAUUAAAACAUCAUUCAUUUCAUAUUUUUGCACGGUGUCAUGAACUUUCUGGGUUGACUGCUACAUGUGAAAGCAGAUGUUUUAAUUUGGAGUUAUUUUAAAAGCUGGUGACACUGAUGUUUAUAGUAUCUGACAUAAAGAAAGUUGUUUGAAAAGUGAGGCAUAAUGAUUUCCAAUAGUCACUGCAAAAUAGAUGGAUGCUUGGUCAUGUAAGUUAAUAACAUUAUACGCAGAAAGUUUAUAUUCUUCAUGUCAUGGUUCCAAAGAGCAUUCUAUCAGCACAAUGAGUUUUUAGAGAAAUUUAUUAUUUACGUGUAACGGAGGACAGCAACCAGUAAUGAUCAACAGUGUGUUAAAUGCACUUCUUGGAAACCUGGCACAGCAAGAAUAUCUUUUUGCUGUUGAGUUAUUGAGGUUAUAGAUGAAUUAAAUAAAGCUCUCUGCUCGUAUAA